CAAAAAAUACUAUCGCAAACAUUGAAGUUCUCGGACAGGCCAUGAGCUGUAGCCAAGAACAGUUAAAAGUUCUAAUACACGAGGCACUUCAAUCUGUGAGGAUCCCGUUCCUAGCGAUGAAGAAGACUAUCGGACAAAUUCUCGGGGAAGUGGAGAAAGCGUUCGGAAAGGUUCAGCAAGUUCUGUUGCAAAUUUUAAGACUAGUCAAAAUAAUAUUGCAAAGCAUGAAAGCAGGAUACAACUGGCUUACAAAUAUUGUCUCGGUGUGCAACGAAAAGAUCGGUACCCCAUUCCACAGAUGCUACCAAGCGCUGGAAGCAGCAGUCGAUGACUGCAAACGAAGCCUCAAUCUGAUGGAAUUUCUUUGCGAAAUAACUCAUGUAGCUAAGCCAGUUUGCUACAGCGUUAAGUUCAUCGAUUACAUUUGCGAACUAAUCGAUUUCGUCAGUGAUGAAGUAAUCGAUGCGAUCGAAAGCAAACUGCAAGAUUUCAUGCAUAAUUUGGAGGUAAUGUUCAGAGUGAAAGUCGAUUUCGAUCAUGCAUUUAUGUUCACGACAAAUUCUUCCAAAACAUUUGGGCAAAUAAAGGAAGAAAUCACACAGGAAAUCAACGCACGGAGCCGAACUUUGCUCAGUUUGUUCAACUUUGCAGGGAUGGUGUCCAGCUUCUGCUUCCUUUGUGUCAUUUUAAGAUCCAUAAGAUAUAAAAUGAAAUACCUUACCAGGGAUGAGUUCGAUAACAGUUAUAUCAGCAAAGAUUUCAAAGCAAUCGAUGAUCGGCGGCGUGAGAUGGGUCUGGAUACGAUUCUGCCCUUGACUAAAAAAGAGAGAUGUCGCUACAUUAAGCUAACAUCAUUUACGCUAAUACGAAAAGAGAAGCUUCGAAUCGCUCGCAAUGCAAUUUUCUUGUUUAUGUCAUCCGUCCAAAUCCUUGUUUUAAUUCUUGGCGACUACAGCCUAUUUUGGCUGCUAGCAAUAAUUCAUAAUGCUACCUUAAGAGAAGCCGGCAUCGAGAGGCCCGCAAUGGUUGCACUGAAAGUGAGUGGCUCGGGAGUAGUGGCUGAUAUGUAUCGAGGAAUUGUCGGGGCAUUCGAGCCGAUGGUAGCAAAUGUGAACGAUAUUGACCUGGUUCAGUGUAUUCCAGAUCCUCGUGAACCGAACUUUACCCAAUAUCUUCAGAUUUGCUUACUUCUCCUAUUCUGCUGGCUGUGCAUUGUGAUGGAACCGUAUGGGCUGAGAGUACGACAACUAAUUAUGAAAGGAUUCUUUCCUGAAAGGGCUUUUGAUAGAGCAACAUGGUUAUAUAACGACAUUUUGUUGAAGCGAGAAACAUUCAUCAAAAUAGCUAGAAGACAACUCACAGAGGGAACACAUGAUCAUAAACCGGAAGCAGGAAGAGGUUGGAUAGACGUGAUGAGAGCCAAAACUAACCGCUUCUGGAUUUGCAGGAAAAUUAUGGGUAAAGGCCAAAGAAGAAGAUGUGUUCUCUGUAGUUCAACAUUGAAGGACGACGAAUCCAUUUCAUGCUUGCGACCGGGAUGUGCCGGUGUAUACUGCUACGAUUGUUAUCUGGAACUUCAGUAUUUUUGCUCGAUCUGCUCAGAGCCGAUAAGUACAAGUGAUCUGAGUGAUAACUCAAUGGAAAGGUGA